AAUUGAGUGGAAUCGUAAAUAGUACUGAUGGAACUCCUCUGAAAGAUGAGUUGAUCUGCGUGUCGAAGGGUAUUCCAGUCUUGAGCUGCAACGGCUUGCCCUGGAAGUGGCCAAUUGAUCUGAAGGUACAAGAGUGGGUUUUCCGAAUUUAUCUCACAUCUAUUCAAUUUAUGGAUUCUUCCAAGAGGCUUCCUUGCAACUGUGUUUACGAACUUGACUCAUCUGCUUGUGACUUGAUUCCUAACUUAUUACCAAUUGGCCCGUUACCUGCAAGUAGUGAUCCGGGUCAUUAUGCUGCAAACUUUUGGCCUGAGGAUUCAACUUGCAUAGGCUGGCUCGAUAAACAACCUGCUGGCUCAGUCAUUUAUGUUGCUUUUGGCAGCACCGGAAACUUAACCCAGCACCAAUUCAAUGAAUUAGCACUUGGUAUUGAACUUGUAGGCCGACCAUUUUUAUGGGUUGUCCGAUCAGACUUCACCGAUGGAUCAGCUGCUGAAUACCCUGAUGGUUUCAUUGAGAGAGUAGCUGACCAUGGAAAGAUUGUCUCGUGGGCACCCCAAGAAGAGGUUUUAGCUCACCCUUCUGUUGCAUGCUUCUUUUCCCAUUGUGGUUGGAACUCAACCAUGGACAGCAUAAGCAUGGGAGUCCCCUUCCUGUGCUGGCCCUACGUUGUAGAUCAAUUCCUUGACCAGAAUUACAUAUGCGACAAAUGGAAGGUGGGCUUGGGAUUGAACCCAGAUGAAAAUGGACUCAUAUCGAGGCAUGAGAUUAAGAUGAAGAUUGAAAAGUUGGUCUCUGAUGAUGGCAUAAAAGCAAAUGCAGAGAAGUUGAAGGAAAUGACUAGAAAGAGUGUAAGCGAAGGCGGAUCUUCUUACAAGAAUUUCAAAACCUUUAUUGAAGCAAUGAAACACUGAAGAUGCUUCCCAAUGUUGCCACAUUCAAAUGUGUGAAACCAUUCUCUCAAUAAAAGCGAGUGCAUUCAUGCUGUGUAUGCAA